AGCACUGGUAGGCAACGUAACAAUUAACUGUCGCGCGACUGAUCGUGAAGAUGAUCGGAGCUCAUUUUUAAACUGUAUGUAAUUCAAUUGUAUUAUUUGUCUGAACGUGAGAAUCUUAUGUUGUAAAUAAUGUGGAUGUGGAGAACGUCGGUUAUUACCGCGUCGGAUCGUAUAUUUCCCGGCUUAGCGCAUUAUGAUAAAAAAAGGGAAUUUUAUGAUAUAGGAAAUCAAAUACAGUCCAAUUUGCCACUCCAAAUGGCACUGUACUUUAAUGUAUGGGUUUAUCCUCUGUGGUUUCUCGUAAUGCUCGUUAAUUUAGAUGCAAAAUAUUAUUACUUGACAGACGUAUACAAGUUUAUAACUGUAGCAGUGUUUAGUGUCAUAUCAAUAUUCGAGGGUAUACGACUCUACCUGGGAUACUUGGGAAAUUUAGCGGAAAAGAUUCCAGAAUUGGCAAGCUUCUGGUUGGUUUCCACUCUCAUACAUUUCCCGUUGGAGAUGUUUCUCCUGCUCGAUAAGAAAACCAAAGCUCAUAUCAGUGAAACGAUCGCUAAUGGUAGCAUGAUGUUUCUGCUUGUUAUAGAAAUUGUAACAGCCACGGUAGCUUUAAGGAAGCUGGCAGAGCAUCAUGCUAAAAGAUUUUAUGUUGCACAAUUAUAUGGUAUUGAUGACAGGACACAUUAAUGUUUGCUAAAUUUAUUGUUAAGAUUUGAGUUUGUUAUGUCUGUGAUUACUCAUUCAGUAUAUCUGUGCUGAGCAGCUAUCGAGGAAAAAUCGAUACUAGGUAUUAUAAAAUAAUCGAGAUCUCUUUCUAGAUAAAAAUUAUGAUAUCAUUAUUAUUAAUAUUAUAAUAUUUAAUAUAUAUUAAAUAUAUAUUUAAUAUACCAAUUUUUAUACUUUCAUACAAUUUAUACAUGCGCUGACUGAUGUAAGCCCUACAAUGUACAAAUAUUCAUAUAAAUUUAUAUACGUAAUAAGC